UCGCCGCUUAGACCGCGCGGUCAGCGAUGUGUUUCGAUUAAUAAUUCCUAGUGCCGAUAAAUCGAUUAUGAAAUAUUGACGUGCCCCAUCCCUAGUGUAGUGAAUGUGUCAAAGUUAUAACGAAGUGUGAAGUGGAAUUAGUUGAUCAUGACGGAAUUCUAUGGAUCAUGGAGCGACGGCCGCCCUGGCGACGGCGUUGGGGAUGGAGACGAGGUGGAGGAGACCGUGGAGACGGUCGAGACCAUCACGACGACGACCACGACCAGGAAGACGGUGCCGUCGAAAUCGUCGUCGACGAAAACUACCACAAUGACAACUCCGGCUAAGCUGUAUGGACGAGAAUUAUCUGCUUAUGACGAAGUGGAUGUCGACGAAUUACUGGCGAAAUUAUCACAGGAAGAACUCACCAUGCUCGCCAAGGAAGUAGAUCCUGAUGACAACUUUCUCCCUCCCUCACAGCGGAAUAAUUAUGCAUGUGAGAAGGACCCAACAGGCCCCCUGAACCGCAAGAAAUUGAUAGAACACAUCAACAAACAGGCAUUAGAGACACCCGACCGGCCUGAAGUUAAACCAUAUGUCGCUGGAGUUAUACGUGGCAAGAAGUGGAUCCCUCCGCCGCCUCCGGAGAAGGUGCGUGAUGCUGAAGAGCAGAUCACCAUCGAUCUUGGAGAUGAAUACGAACAGGCCCUCACUACUGCCACGCAGGAGGAGAUCAUUGAUUUGGCUGCUAUCCUCGGCUUCCACUCUAUGAUGAACCAGGAUCAGUAUCACGCGUCGUUACUCAACAAAGGCCAGCCUGUUGGCCUCGGCUGGGACGGCAUCACUAAAGCCACUAAGCCUAAAGUGUACCCUAUGGACCCUCCCAACGACACGGACCCCGAGGAGACCAUCAAGAGGGUACAGGAGAACGACCCCAAGCUCAUCGAUCUCAAUUGGAAUAAUAUUAAGAACAUAAGCGAGGAGAAGUUCGAGAAGCUGUUCGAAGCUCUGAAGAGCAACACACACCUGGAGGUGCUGUGCCUGGUGAACACUUUCUUAAUAAUAUUAGUAAGAUUUGAUUAUGUUUGUUUCCAGCGGUCGCAAGUACUAGGAAACAAGAUCGAGAUGGAGAUCACGUCCCUGGUGGAGCAGAACCCGACGCUGCUGCGGCUCGGCCUGCACCUCGAGUACAGCGACGCGCGCCACCGCGUCGCCAGCCAUCUGCAGCGGAACAUCGACAGAAUACGGAAAGACCUAACGCUGCGGCUUCAGUUCAGGUUCUUUAACAACCUGCAAAAAGGCGCGCGCAGCCAAUAAGGCGUGCGUAAGUACGCCAGCAACGCCGGAGCCAGAACAGCGCUUAGAGUCCUGAACUACACGUGUGGCGGCCGUAUUCGCCGCUUGAGUCAGUUCACCCGCAGCCCCAGCUGGGUGGUGGGCUGGAUCCCGUGAGCCGCCGCACAGAUCUUCUGUACAACUCUUUGUCACUGUGUAGUACACAACACAACACUAACGCCGCGACACGAACAUACGCUUCGAUACACGUAAUCCUAGGAGCCGAAUUCCGAUACGAACUAGAUAUAACCAGAUCUAACCGCUUUGAACCGGUGCAAGCGCUGAACAUGCGCAUUUUUUAUAUUUGUAAAAACUGAAUGCUAGAGUAUUUUCUAUUUUUUUUAAUAUGUUUACUCAAGGUAUUAUUAUUUUAAAUCCUUUUUUUUAUGUUAGGUGCUUUUUUUGGUGCAAUUUGUUUAUUCUUGACUGUUUUAUCUCAGUAGAAUUUCGGCUCUGGGACGUUACUUGACAUUUUUUAAAUAUUUUUUAGAUUUUAUAUCGACUUUGCCUUUGGUGUAUUAAAUAUUUUGAACUAGACAAAAUGUAAGCUUAAGGUGUUAUGAAAUUAAAGCUUCAACGAUUUCAAUAAAUUUUUAACGCUAAAAAUUGUAAAUGAAUUUGCUAUUUGUGAUUUUUAUAGAAGCUAUUUUAGAUUUUUUAAUGAUGACAUAGACACUUUUCACACUCGAUGUUUUAGUUUUACUACACAAUUUCAAAGAUCAGUUGACAGUUACAAAUAUGAUUUACGAUGUGAAUGAUGUAAGGAAACAGAAAUUGUGGUUUUAUGUACAAAAACCGAUAAUUUGGUUUAACCGGUUGAUGGCAGGCCCAUCACUAUUUUAAGUGUCAUAGAAUCGACGCU